AUGACGACCGCCGCGCCUGCGUGGAGGAUGAAGUUCUACCCUCAGUGGCCCGAGCUGAGAGAAAUGAUGGCAGAGAAGUACGCGGAAGCUGGCGUGGGGAAGGGCAUAUUCUACUAUGUCAUCUCCAUGUUCCCUGAAAAUGAAAACCUGGCCAUGCGCAAGGCGUUAGAGCGGCGGAGCAAUUACAAUGGCGACAUCAAGACUUACGGGCGCGGCCCGGGCGGGUGCGUCCCGGAGAGUAAAUGGAAGGAGUUGGCGGACGAAGGAGUGGCGCCGCAGUGCAGCAGAUCCCCUUCGGAGCCGUUUGCCAACCGGGCAUUCGAACUGAUCCUGUGGCGCGGUUUUGGGAGCAAGAAGGCGACAACGAUCAUGGUGAAGUUCCCUGCAGUUGGCUACGCCUUGAAUGUGGUGGAAUGGCCUCUAGCAAAUGCCAGAGGGCAAGUGAACCCUGCACUCGACGGUUCCGAGACCGUGAACCAGCAGAAUGUCGAGGUGAAGAUCGGGCACCUGGUCACCUGGAUUAGGGAGACAUACGAGAACGGAGACACCGCGAUCUGGGACCCGGUUGCUCUUGCUGGCUUCAGGAUGUCCCCCAACGUGAAGCUAUUGAUUGAGGGUUAUGAGUCUCAGGCAGGAACAGUGGGUGGUGAGCCGGGUGGUGGGAGCGGGGAAUGGGGGGGACAGAGGAUGGGGACCCGGGAUGGGGGGGAGGGUGGGGGGGACUGCUGGGGUGGGGGGAGAACGCCACAGGGGGGAGGCGGAGGUGGAGGCACGUCAGGAGGGGGAUAUGGAAGGGGUGGUAGAGGAGGGUAUGGGAUUGGUGGAGGAUGUGUGAGUGCACUGAGCAGGGUGUAUCCCCUCAUCCUUCUCCCUUCCCCGUCUUCCAAAUCCUUCCCAGAGUGGAGGGCGAUGCAUCAGACAGCAGAGCACUGCCGUGAGAUGGUGAGAUGGUGUUCGGAUGUCAUUGUGAUGAUUGUGGAUGUCGCAUUGGCACGUGUGGUGAGGGAUGACCUGGCGGUGGAAAUGGCGGAGGUGGAACAGGGUAGUGGUGGCGGAGGGUAG